AUGUCUACCACUACAAUCGACGCUUCUUCCCCAAGCGCCUACGGGCCUUCUGAGACCGCUCUUCUCCUUCUUGAUUGGUACGGCCUGUUCAUCGAGAAGGUUGCUGGCCCAGUUGCUGAGCCAGCGUUGAAGGUCGCAAUUGAGCUCCGAAACUGGGCCAAGGCUCACAACAUCACGGUUGUUCACUGCCUCAUCGAUGCAAACGGCACUCCCUUCCCGGCCUGCAAAGGCGUCGACCGUUUCCAAGGCCUCUUGCAAGUCAUGAAGACACUGGAACAACCCGAACCAGCUGAACUUCGAGCCGAUGACAAAGACGAGCUCACCUUUCACCGAGUCCCGGGACAUAUCUCGGCGCUCAAAUCCCCAGGCUUGCUUGACUAUCUCAAGAAGAAGGGCAUAAAGUCUGUUGUUCUCUCCGGCCUGAGCACUUCGGGCUGUGUUUUGAGAACAGCGGUCACAGCGACGGAUGCUGAAUUUGCAACAACGGUUAUCAGCGAUGCUUGUGCCGAUGCGGAUGCGGAGCUUCACCGUGUUAUCUUGGAGAAGAUUAUUCCUUCUAGGGGUCAUGUAAAGAGUUCUGCAGAGUUUCAGAAGGAAUAUGAAGGGGCUCAGAAUGUUUAA